CUCGGUCCUUCCGGGUGCCUCCGCGACUCCUUCCCACACUUGCAGAGCAGGGUGGAGGGGUAGCUCGAAGGGACCCUUUAAUCAGGAACAGAAAUGGAUAAAAACAGCCGUCAGGGUAGGAGGAGACAUGGGAGAAGGAGCCACCAGCAAAAUCCUUGGUUCAUGCAGGGUGGCUCUAAUGAGAGGUGUAAUGCGGGGUCCCCGCAGGGCCCACAGGAUCCUGGCCGUGGCGAUGACGAGGCCCCAGCAACCUCGUCCAGCAGGGCCGGAAGUCCUCCUGUGCCAGAUCUACCAGGAUAUUACUUCGACCCUGAAAAGAAACGCUACUUCCGCUUGCUGCCCGGACAUAACAACUGCAACCCCCUCACAAAGGAGAGCAUCCAACAGAAGGAGAUGGAGCGCAAAAGACUCCAGCUGCUAGAGGAGGACAAGCAGAAAAUCACCAGAAUGGGAUUUAAUGCAUCUUCCUUGCUACAUAAAAGACAGCUGGGUUUUCUCAAAGGUACCGAAUACUGCCGUCUAACCCAUGAGCUGCGAGUGAGCUGCAUGCAGAGGCAGAAGGUCCAGAUUCAGAGCUCGGAUCCCUCUGCGUUGGCCAGCGACCGAUUUAAUCUCAUUCUGGCAGACACCAACAGGGACCGGCUCUUCACAGUGAACGACGUCAAAGUCGGAGGCUCCAAGUAUGGCAUCAUCCACCUGGGCGGUCUGCAGACCCCGGCACUCACCGUGAAAAUGCAUGAAAACCUCUACUUCACCAACCGGAAGGUGAAUUCCGUGUGCUGGGCGUCGCUGAGUCACUUGGAUUCCCACAUUCUGCUGUGCCUCUUGGGAAUUGCAGACACUCCAGGCUGCGCCACUCUGCUCCCGGCGUCACUCUUCGCCAGUAGUAACCCAGCAGCAGGAGAACAGCCCGGCAUGCUCUGCAGUUUCCGGAUCCCCGGUGCCUGGUCCUGCGCCUGGUCCCUGAAUAUCCAGGCAAAUAACUGCUUCAGUACAGGCUUGUCUCGGCGGGUCUUGGUGACCGACGUGGUGACAGGGCACCGGCAGUCGUUUGGGACCAACAGUGAUGUCUUGGCCCAGAAGUUCGCUGUCACAACCCCAGUGCUGUAUAACGGCUGUCGUUCUGGGGAGAUCUUUGCCCUUGACCUGCGCUCUCAAAAUCAGAGCAAGGGCUGGAAAACUGUCCGCCUCUUCCAUGACUCUGCGGUGACCUCUGUACAGGUCCUCCAACAAGAGCAGUACCUGAUGGCAUCGGACAUGGCUGGAAAGAUCAAGCUUUGGGACCUGAGGGCCACUAAGUGUGUUAGGCAGUACGAGGGCCACGUGAAUGAGUAUGCCCACCUGCCCCUGCAUGUGCACGAGGAAGAAGGAAUCCUGGUGGCAGUGGGCCAAGACUGCAACACAAGAAUCUGGAGCCUCCACGAUGCCCGCCUGCUGAGAACUAUACCCUCACCGUACGCUGCCUCCAAGGCGGACAUCCCCAGCGUGGCCUUCUCUUCUAGGCUCGGCGGCUUCCGGGGAGUGCCGGGGCUACUCAUGGCAGUCCGGCAGGACCUUUACCAUUUCUCCUACAGCUGAUUCUGUGGUGUGCAGCCUGGAGGAAUGUGGAUUUGACUUAAGGGCGUUUUAAAUGGACAUUUGCUGUACACAGAUCCCAUCUGUCCAGCUGCUGGGCUGAAGGUGGAAGUGUUUCUAUGGAGACACUUCAGUAAAGCUAUUUUAGUUAAAUUGUGGGCUCAGAGAGCUUGUAAGUCCUUUUCAUAAAAGGUACCUAUUUCUCUUUCUUGUUGAAUUCCUUAGGAUAGCCUUCCCACCAGCCAGCUGACUUGUUUCUUUGUUUUUUUAACAAAGAUACUUUUUUCCGAGUACUGAAGAUUGGUGAAAACAAAACCAACUAAAUUAGUUGCCUCUUCUUUCACCAAAAGCCCUUUCAAGAAGCCAGAUGUGAUGCGACUGGGUGAGGCUGUGUUAGGCUGGUUGGUGCAUCUGUUUGAGAAAACCAACCGGAAAGAAGGGGGAAGUCAUUUCUCUGAGUCUCUACAGAGCAGAUUUAAAGGAUGGAGUUUAGAAUCAUUAAACUUGGCCUUUUUGAGUAAAGUUCACUCAAUGGCUGGUCUCUGGGAUUCUCCUUUUUAGUAUCAUUCACAGGCAUUUAAAUGCUAGCAGGUUUUAAACAGACAGGACUUCAUGCCUUUGUUGAAGCACCUUCUAGAAUGUUAGGUAUGGCUGCUCCUAUUUCUGUUAUGGUAACUUGAAUGAGAUUUAAGAGCCCAGGAAACAAAUUUUGCUUUGACUUUGUAAUCUGGAAAAAGCAAUUUGUAAAAUGGGCUUACAAAGUGCUGAAAUAAUAAAACAAUAAAACUAGAAAGAAUAAAAAUUUUUUAAAAAUCAAUGGAAAUACAUUACACAAGCAGUGAACCCUAAGUUAAACCAUGGACUAUAAUUAAUAAUACAGUUAUAAAAA